AUGGCGGACCGAGACAGCGGCAGCGAGCAGGGUGGUGCGGCGCUGGGCUCGGGCGGCUCCCUGGGGCACCCAGGCUCGGGCUCGGGCUCCGGCGGGGGCGGUGUCUCCAUGUCAGUGGCCGUGGAGUUCCGCGACUACCUGGGCGACUUCAUCGAGCACUACGCGCAGCUGGGCCCCAGCCAGCCGCCGGACCUGGCCCAGGCGCAGGACGAGCCGCGCCGGGCGCUCAAGAGCGAGUUCCUGGUGCGCGAGAACCGCAAGUACUACAUGGAUCUCAAGGAGAACCAGCGCGGCCGCUUCCUGCGCAUCCGCCAGACGGUCAACCGGGGGCCCGGCCUGGGCUCCACGCAGGGCCAGACCAUUGCGCUGCCCGCACAGGGGCUCAUCGAGUUCCGCGACGCUCUGGCCAAGCUCAUCGAUGACUACGGAGUGGAGGAGGAGCCGGCCGAGCUGCCCGAGGGCACCUCCUUGACUGUGGACAACAAGCGCUUCUUCUUCGAUGUGGGCUCCAACAAGUACGGCGUGUUUAUGCGAGUGAGCGAGGUGAAGCCCACUUACCGCAACUCCAUCACCGUGCCCUACAAGGUGUGGGCCAAGUUCGGACACACCUUCUGCAAGUACUCGGAGGAGAUGAAGAAGAUUCAAGAGAAACAGAGGGAGAAGCGAGCUGCCUGUGAGCAGCUCCACCAGCAGCAGCAGCAACAGCAGGAGGAGACCGCCGCUGCCACCCUGUUGCUGCAGGGUGAAGAAGAAGGGGAAGAAGAUUGAUCAAACUGAAUGGAAAAAACCCACACACACAUGCAUACACACACACACA